AUGAUCGGUGCCGCAAGGCGCUGGUUUCGUCGCAAUCGCAAAGGCUUGGCGAUCGGUGCGGGCGUGCUGGGGGCUGGCUAUCUGGCUGGCCAGUAUGUGCUCUCUAAGAUUGUUGAAGCGCGAGAGCGCAUGAGCAGCGAUCGAAUCGCUCGCGAAAAUUUGCGGCGACGAUUUGAACAAAACCAGACAGAUUGCACAUAUACCGUGCUUGCCUUGCUGCCCACGGCGACGGAGAAUAUCAUCGACGCCCUGCCAGUGGAGGAACUGACAAAGGAGCUUCAGAAGAAGCGGGCGGAACGCCUAGCACGGUUGAAUGCCGGCGAAACUGCCGGCUCUGACAUGACCUCAGUAGCACCCAGUAUCACCGAGGAGGAUAGAAAGAGCCUAUCGAGCUUUCAAAGCGAAGCCUACCUUCAUACCAGCCAGCUCGGCGAAUCUGUGAACGCCGAGGGCAAGACCCAGCCGAAACGAAACAAGACGCAGCUGUGGAACGAGGUCAAAAUCACCUCGAUUACGAGAUCCUUCACUCUUAUAUACACACUCUCGCUGCUCACCAUCUUCACUCGGAUCCAAUUGAACCUUCUCGGCCGUCGAAACUACCUUUCCAGCGUCAUCUCGUUGGCAAACCCCCCCGCAGACUCCACAAUCAGCUUAGAGGAUCAUGACGACGAGCUUACUCAAACACUGGGCGAUGACUUUGAGACCAACAGGCGGUACUUGGCCUUCAGCUGGUGGCUGUUGCAUCGUGGCUGGCAGGAGUUGGUUGCUCGUGUCCAGCCGGCCGUGGAAGAGGUCUUCGGACCCCUCAAUCCACGCGAAGAUAUCACUUUGGCCAAACUGUCCGAUCUGACCAUGCAGAUUCGGAGAAAGGUGGAGGGCAACACGGAAGAAGAGCGACGACCAAGUCGUCUAGAGUCAAACGUGUUCCAAUCAGCUGACGACCUCGAGUCUGUUCUGUUCAGAUCCACGAAAUGGCUUGCGUGCUUGUUGCCACCUACGGAGGAAGAAGAGUACGUGCUUCGCGAAUCGGGCGUUGAGGGAGUUGCCGACCCGUCUUCCUCGCAAACGGCCUUGAAGCUGCGUCACCUUCUUGACGAGACUGCCGACCUCAUCGAUUCCCCAUCCUUCUCGCUUGUCCUCACCCUACUUAACAAUGAAGGGUUCUCGACGCUGGUUGACUCCAAAUGUGCUACCGAGGCCUUCCAGGCAUCCGAAUCGGCUGCUAUGACUGUGCCUCAAUCCUUUGACUCUAUGGCCACCGUCGUGCCCGCACCCUCUGAGCGUCGGACCAAGCUGGCUAAUCUGCUAGCUGUCAUGGCUCGACAGGCCCACAUCAUUGGGAACGGCGCGCACCCUUCCAACGAGUAUCUGGUCGCCAUGGAUCAGAACGUGCGUGAAUUGGAGGCCUUCUCUGCUGUCAUUUACAGUUCCAAUUUCGAGCUGGAACUGCUGGGUGCUACUACCAAUCCCACAGUGAAGGCAGAGGAGACGGCCGACUUUGAGCCCGUUUCGUCUUCGUUUGCUGAUAUCCUGGUCGAGAAGACUGGUCCCUCAACAAGCCUGGACUCUUCAAAUGAUGGGAUUAUGGAUGAUGCUAUUGACGGCCAGGGGCCUGGUCUCACUGACAUCGAAGAGCAAAUAGCUGCUGAUUCGAUUUCGGACUCUGCAUUCGAAAAAGCUUGGGGCAAGGCCGUUGAGGACGGACCUGACACCUCAGAGACGGCGACCGGGGCUACGAAUUGA